CCACUCACUCACUCACACGACACCAUGUCCUUCCAGCUCCCAGCAGGCAUGCGCCCAGCCCAGCCCCCGUCCGGCGCGCAGGGCGGCAACGGCGGUAACGGCAACAACGGAGGCGGCGGCGACGACGAGGAGCGCCGCGCCCGCGCCGCCCAGCAGGAGGAGAUGAAGCGCAGCAUGAUCCAGGCCAUGCUCGAGCCGGCCGCCCGCGAGCGCCUCUCCCGGAUAGCCCUCACCCGCCCCCAGCUCGCCGCGCAGGUCGAGGCGCUCCUCGUGCGCAUGGGCCAGCAGGGGCAGAUCCGCGGCCAGGUGUCAGACGACGCAUUGAAGGGGCUGCUCGAGCAGGUCUCGAACCAGGCCGCGCCCAAGCCCCAGGCGCCGCAGCAGACGUCGGCGCGCAGCCGCACCCUCGGCUCGGGCAUCACGAUCCAGCGCAAGCGCGACGACUCAGACUCGGACGAGUAUGACUUGUAGGAGGCGAGCGCGGUGCGAGGCAGACGGCGAGGCAGCGCAGCCGUGCGCGCGGCUGCGGGCUGUUGAGCUACGGCGCCAACGACGAGGGAUAUUGAGUAGCAACGAGAACUCGGCUCCCGACAUUCAUAUCGCACGAGCGACUGUGAUGCAGUGUAUAAUCUGUCUGCUUGUGGCGUGCAGCACACGCGCUGACUGUCGGUGUGCUGGUGUUCAGAGCUGGGUGCAGCGCUUGGCCCACACAAGCCUUGUAUCUUCGUUGCGCGGCGUUGCCAGUACUCGCAGACCAUCCUCUCCAAUCGUCCCGCGAAGGUCACAAAGCCCCAUUCAGCGUCACUGUCUCGC